AUGGAAGACCAGAAUAAUGACGAUGAUGAGGAGUUUUCCCUGAAAGCUUUCCAAAAAGCCAAAGCGAAAAAGAAAGCGCCAACAGAAGAACCAGUUGUGGAAGACUUUGAUGGCUACGGCCUAAGGGAUGCUAUUUUGGAAAAAUGGGGCGAAUGCUACGAUGUCGAUUUUCAGCGUGUCGAUGCGUUAGGCUUUCGCAAUGUCUACCUAAACGUUAUGCCAUUCAAAUUGGGGCGAAGGCCCUUUCGGCACGAGACGGAACUCGACUACUUGUGUCACCUACAAGCCGUAGUAGAGAUACUGGUCAAAUACGGACAACUCGACUACGUUUUGUAUCAAAUUGCCGAUUCAGACAAGAAGCCGAUUGCUGGACAGAAUCCCAUAGUUGCCGUCCCGAUUCGACUGGAUUUGACCAAGGAUCAAGUUGAAACCAUUUUGCGGACCACGUAA